CUGAAACACGCAAACAGUAGAUUACAAAAAAGAAAAUCUACACAUGACGCAAAUCCUUGUCAAGAUCUGUAGACUCUUUUACUACAAACCAAAAGACGACGAGAAAAAGAAAACAACCGCACACGACGACACUGGCAACACCAUCAAAGCCUAUAUAAAAAGAACAACACGUUGAAAAGGAGUGGCUGCUAUUCUAUUCGAUAUAAUUGCCUGAUUAUAGAGAGAACCAGGAUAACGCCUGGUGCGGGCUGGUGGCUACAGAGAAAUGGCCAUCGCUAGUAUUAUCUCAGAAUCAACUGCUGAGGCACAAACUCCGCUCCUAUACGACGUCGUAGAAGGCUCCGUUGAUUACAAAGCCGGCCCCGUUUUUAGAUACAACUCCGGUGGCUGGAGAUCCGCUUCUUUGAUUAUCGGAGUGGAAGUAGCAGAGAGAUUCGCGUACUAUGGAAUAGCGUCGAAUUUGAUUACGUAUUUAACUGGUCCGCUUGGUCAGUCAACGGCUUUUGCGGCGGAGAAUGUGAAUGCGUGGUCUGGAACGGCGUCGUUAUUGCCUCUGCUAGGUGCUUCCAUAGCUGAUACUUUCCUUGGUAGAUAUCGCACUAUUAUUGUUGCCUCUCUUAUCUAUAUCCUGGGACUUGGCUUAUUGACUCUAUCGGCUGUGCUUCCUUCUCUCAGUGACUGCCCAAGCACCAAGUCUACUGCGUCAUGCUCUCCUGAUCCAAUUCAAGUAGUUUUAUUCUUCUCUUCUCUAUAUUUGGUAGCACUUGGACAAGGUGGGCACAAACCUUGUGUUCAGGCUUUUGGAGCAGAUCAGUUUGAUGGACAAGAUCCUAAGGAGUGCAAAGGCAAAAGCUCAUUCUUCAAUUGGUGGUAUUUUUGCAUGUGCGGAGGCACCUUGAUAACACUAUGGGUCUUAAACUACAUCCAAGACAACCUUAAUUGGGGUCUUGGAUUUGGAAUCCCAUGUGUGAUGAUGAUGAUUGCACUUAUCAUCUUCUUACUUGGAACUAAGACGUAUCGUUAUAGUGUCAAAGUAGAAGAGAGAAGUGCAUUUCGAAGAAUCGGUAGGGUAUUUCUGGCAACUAUUAGGAAUUGGCAAACAUCCUCUUCUGCAAUAGCUUUAGAGGAAGAAAUUCGCGGAACACUACCUCACCAGAGUUCUGAGCAAUUCAAGUUUCUCAACAAAGCCCUGCUUGCUCCAGAUGGGUCAAAGGAAGAUGGGAAGGUGUGCAGCCUUAGUGAAGUUGAAGAAGCCAAAGCAGUACUUAGGCUUGUUCCCAUAUGGGCUGCAUGCUUGGUAUAUGCUGUCGUGUAUGCACAGUCCUCUACUUUCUUCACUAAGCAAGGAGUAACCAUGGAUAGAUCAAUUUCACUGGGUAUCGAGAUACCACCAGCUUCACUUCAAUCCUUCAUCAGCCUUGCUAUUGUCUUGUCCAUUCCAAUCUAUGACCGUGUCUUUGUUCCAAUAGCAAGGGCUUUAACUGGGAAACCUUCUGGCAUUACAAUGCUUCAGAGGAUUGGAACUGGUAUAUGUUUAUCAGCUCUAUCCAUGGCAAUUGCUGCAGUGGUCGAGAUGAAAAGGCUCGAAAUUGCUCGAGAAUAUGGACUGGUCGAUAAGCCGAACGCAACGGUUCCAAUGAGCGUGUGGUGGCUAAUUCCUCAAUAUGUCUUGUUUGGAGUUGCAGAUGUAUUUACGAUGGUUGGUCUACAAGAAUUUUUCUAUGAUCAGGUCCCUAGUGAAUUAAGAAGUGUGGGUCUUUCUCUCUACCUCAGCAUCUUUGGUGUAGGAAGCUUUAUAAGCAGCUUUCUUGUCUCUGCCAUUGAGAAAGCCACCGGUGGAGAAGGGCAUUACAGUUGGUUUGCCAAUAAUCUGAAUCGCGGUCAUCUUGAUUACUUCUAUUGGCUACUAGCAGGGCUAAGCAUGGUACAGUUGGUUGCUUACUUGUAUUUCGCAAGAAACUAUGUAUAUAAUAGGUGAGCCACAAUGUAAGAUGCAAAGCGAUGGUACUAUUGUUAUAUAUUAUAGUACAGUUUGUAGCCAAAAAAAUCCAAGUAUUCUUUCACUGGCAGUUGUCUGGUGAUUGGAAGAA